AUGGAGCAUUCGACCUCAGCGCUCGUCUCCGCCUCCACUACGUUGUCGUCGUCGCCCGUAGUGGCAUCUGCUACGUCGUCUUCGUUAGCUUUUCCAUCUCACCUUCUCUGCUCAACUCUGGAUGGAACAUCAACAGGACUUCAUGCUACAUCAGUUUUGAACCACAGCGAUAGUUCAGCUCUUUACUGUAACACUUUCGAUUACUCUGUCCCUCUCCCGGCUUCCGAUUCUACGUUGGUAACAAAAACACCCAAGAUUGAAAUAGAGAAAGAUGAUGACGAAGAUCGAGACGAUGGAAAAAACUCAAGUUCCCCUAAUGGAACAACCAAAAUUACAAAGCCUAGACGGCAACGAACUCAUUUCACGAGUCACCAACUGACAGAACUAGAAAACUGGUUUUCUCGCAAUAGAUAUCCUGAUAUGGCUACCAGAGAAGAAAUAGCUAUAUGGAUAAGCUUAACUGAGCCACGUGUUCGUGUUUGGUUUAAAAACCGGAGAGCCAAGUGGCGUAAAAGAGAAAGGAACUACUCGGAGCAAAAGCCGAUCCCAAGCUCAACGACAGUAACCCAGCCUACUAAUGGGAACACGAUCGGUGGAAGCAUGACAUCUUUGGGGAUUCAGUCAAUAGGUAGUCUUCAAGGAGGUUUUCAUCAAGCUAUUCCACCGGUGUUCCCCAUAUACAACCGACCACUACGGGACGAAACAGUUGCAAGCCAGAUUGAUGAUACAUCUUCAUUUUAUGGUUAUGGUAGCUCAUGGCAAUCAACGUCUGCUUAUCCUGUGAGAGGUCAAAGCGCUUUUAACUGGAACAUAAAAACACCAAUGUCUUCUGAUAACUCAUGCACUAAUUUGGUUCAACCAGGAGAUUCCCAGAGAGGCUAUGCUGUACAACAACCAGACUAUCAAUUCAUCAAAUUUUAA